GAGGCGUGUGCGUACGUUGUGUGCGAGGCGGAGGCGGGCAACCCCUCACCGGGAUAGUGACGAUGGCGGUGCAAUGAGUGGCUCGAUCCGGCAAUACGUCACCCUUCGUGCAAAGGAAUUUCGAGGGCUCCUUCCACCAACCAAAUCAAGAUCGCAGGCAAUAAUGAUGGACACACCUUUGGUAUAAGUCAAACAUUACACGCCUUCAGCCAACCUCUUCACUCGCUGAAACGACCUGCAGACCCUACCUGCAACUAUAUCUUUCCUUCGUCAAUUGACCACGUCUUUUCUCUCCACCAGCUGCGCACACGAGCGGUCUCCACCCCCUCAUCGCAACCGUUUAUUGACAAGAUGCCCGAAGUUGAGGGUGGCGCCGUGCCGAACCAGAGCAAAGGGUCAUGGUCGUCUUUCUUAAAGUCUAUCGCCUCUUUCAAUGGUGAUCUUUCCUCCCUUACAGCCCCUGCAUUCAUACUGUCGACUCAGUCACUGGUCGAAUUCUCUGCAUAUUGGGCCGAAAAUACGUCGUUGUUCAUCGCACCAACUCAAGAAAGAGACCCUGCGAAACGCGCACUACUCGUGUUGAAGUGGUUGAUCAAUACGCUCAAACAACAAUACUGUUCUCGAUCCGAGAAACUGGGCUCUGAGAAGAAGCCACUCAAUCCAUUCUUGGGAGAACUGUUCUUGGGAUCAUGGGAUGAUGAGUUUGGCCAGACACGACUUGUCUCUGAGCAAGUCAGUCAUCAUCCUCCAGUGACGGCAUACUGCAUCACCAACGACAAGUACCGUAUCCGACUCCAAGGCUACAAUGGACAGAAAGCUAGUUUCAGCAGAACUAUUCAUGUCAAGCAGAUUGGCCACGCCCUUCUGACUUUGUAUCCCCCUGGGAGCAACACGCCCGAGACUUACCUCAUCACUUUACCAGCCCUGCAUAUCGAGAACCUUAUCUAUGGUGCCCCGUUUGUCGAGUUGGGCAAAUUCAUACAUAUUGUUUCGAGCACCGGCUAUGUUUCCAAGAUCGACUUCUCUGGCAGAGGAUGGUUGUCAGGAAAGAAAAACACCUUUACGGCAAACUUGUGGAAGGUGGGAAGCUCCGAGAAGGACUCGAUAUAUUCUGCAGACGGACAGUGGUCGGACGCUUUCACCCUCAAAGAGGGCGAAGGCAAGAAGGCUAAGGAGAUUACUACGUUCAGACCAGGCGAGAUCAAGUUGGCGAAGCUGAAUGUCGCGUCCCUUGGGGAGCAGGACGUCUUUGAAAGCAGAAAGGCUUGGGCUCACGUGGCUCGAAGCAUCGAAAAGGGCGAUAUGGAUGCCGUAUCGCAUUUCAAGUCCAGAAUAGAGAACGCGCAACGAGCGCUGCGCAAGAAAGAGCAAGACGAGAAACGGGAAUGGCAGAGGGUCUUCUUCUCGCAAGCCAAUCCCAAGGACGAACUUGAGAUCACCUUUCAGAAACUGGUCAAGGUUAUAACAAAUCUGGGAACCAACAGCUGGGAAGGAGUUGCGCCCGAGAAGACGGCUGGUGUGUGGAGAUAUGAUGAGAGGAAAGCAGCUCAAGCGAACAAGCCUUUCCACCAAGAGGGACUGUUGGCAUUGGGCGACAAUGCUGAUGGCACUUCUGCACCGGUGAGCAGGGUUACCACAAACCAAGGUUGAAUUGAGCAGCAAGCAGAAUUCUCAUCAGCGUUGGCGUGAGGGUCCAUGUUUGAAACGAGACAGACGGGAAAAUCGGGCUCUUCACGCGUUGUAUUAUCAUUCCAUUAUGGCCGUCUUAAAAUAAAAGAAUUGCAUUAUUUCA